GAGAGAGAGAGAGAGGGAGAGAGAGAGAGAGAGAGGGAGGAGAGAAACACACAGACACACACACACACAGACACACACAAAUUGAGCCUCAUCUAUCGCAGUGGGUCACUUAAUCUGAGCCAUUUGGAGCCAGAGGCGACCCGGAGCGCACAGGAGCCGCAGCCAAGGAUCAGAUCAUCACAAUAAAGAUCAGCGGUGAUAAUCACACAGAGAAGCAGCAGCAGCGGCACAUUGCUCCACACAGGGAACACACACACACUAACAGACACACACUGACAGACACACACACACACACACACGCUCAGACACGGAAGAGAGUUGAGUGAGAGAGGAGGCUGAGUGAGCGGAGGACGCACGGAAAAGUUCAACUUCUUCUUGUCACCGGAUCGUUUUUUUUAGAGACACGAGCAAACAAGCCAGAGAGGAACGGGAGGUGAAGACCGAACCAGGCUGGAGAAGAUGCCGCGGGUAGUUCCGGACCAGAGGAGCAAGUUUGAGAACGAGGAGUUUUUCCGCAAGUUGAGCAGGGAGUGUGAGAUUAAAUACACUGGGUUCAGAGACAGGCCCCACGAGGAGAGACAAGCUCGCUUCCAGAACGCCUGCAGGGACGGACGGUCAGAAAUAGCCUUUGUAGCUACAGGCACCAACCUCUCUCUCCAGUUCUUUCCAGCCAACGUCCAUGGAGAUCAGCGACAGGUUCCUACGAGGGAAUAUGUUGACUUUGAAAGAGAGACAGGAAAGGUCUAUUUAAAAGCCCCUAUGAUCUUGAAUGGGGUGUGUGUGAUGUGGAGAGGCUGGAUCGACCUACAGAGGCUGGAUGGGAUGGGAUACCUGGAGUAUGAUGAUGAGAGGGCACAGCAUGAGGACGCUUUGGCUCAGGCAGCUUUUGAAGAGACCCGACGCAGAACCAGAGACUUUGAAGACAGAGACCGAUCACACCGAGAGGAUCUGGAGUCCAGACGACAGCAGGACCCCAGCUCUGGCUCAAACAUGGCCAACGCUGACGUAGAGCACAAGAUGCGCUGAGGAGGAGGGCGGCGAUGAGGAAGGAGUGGAAGGAGGAAGAGGAGGAAACCGGGUGCUGGCAAUCUGUUCACUUUCAACACAAUCAAUAGAAAAGAAAAAGCUUUAGACCAAUUGCUCGUCGUUAUUCUAGAAAAGGGUUUUUUUCCAAUGCCAAGAUUAUUUUUGAAUAUUUGAAUGUAGAGGGAAACAAACUUCCUGAAUUGAUUUGAAUUGAAAGUGAAUAAAAGCCACAGACAAGACGGAUUAAAAGGCCACGACAGACCUGGACAAAAAGCAGUUGAACGUAUUUUAACACAGAGGAAGGAACAUGAGCGUAUUGUAAAUGUGACACAUCCAGAGUCGGAGUUGUUUCUCCAGUUAGACGAGAGUUUCAGAUACAGAAAACAAGGUUCAGAUAUUUUUUGUCCAGGUCUAAAAAUAUUUAAUACAUGCAGGGGGGGAAAGUUUGGAGUACCAAAGGUAUAUUUUCUAUUAAUACGAGAGGUUGAGAAUAGAGGGAGAGGAAUUUCAAGGGGGUCAUCAACAGGAGGAGGUGGAGGAGAGACAGAGGCUUUAUUUGGCUCAGGGUCAGAAUCAGGGCUCGUUGGUCAGGAUUACAAGUCGAGCAUGUAUCAAAACUGAAGUGUUGACUGACAACAAAACACUCAGCGUUGUGCAACACCUCACAUUUGUGUGAACGUGCCC